CCCACUCACAUCCCUCUCUUCCUCUUAUUUCUCACCGCAUCUCCUCCACCACCUGCCACAGCAGCGACGCAGCGAUGGAGAACCGCCGCAAAUGAUCGCAAGCUCACGCAAGACUUCGCCAGAGAGAGAGAGAGAGAGAGAGAAAGAGAAAUAAACAGAGGAGUAGACAGAUAGAGAGGGAGACACAGAGAUAGAGAAACGGAGAGACGUGCGGAAACAGAAACAUAUGGUUCGUCUGAAGUGCGGCUGUUUCUAAGGACUGCCUAACCGAGCUGAAACUUAUUCAACCACCGGGAUCAACUAAAAGCUGCAUCCGUUUUGACACUUCUUUGCAUUGUGUGUGUGUGUGUGUGUGUCCUCUCACCUGUGCUAGACUGCGCUUUAUUCACCUCUGUUUCAUUAGUUUGUACAGGCUGGACUGCGGUUGUUGCACCUCCCUGAACGCGCACACAUACACGCGCACUACACUGGUUAUCACAAGACGCGGUGCAGCCCGCAAAAAGCUUCUUGCGAGGAGGAAAUUGAAUCAGACAAAUUAUUCCCACAGAAGAGGAGUCACGAGUGGCUGGCGUCUCUGAUUCUCUUCAUUCUCCCCCGGCUCACCGUGCCUCCUCCGGGCCCAACAGGAGUCUCCUAGAGCCCCUCUCUCUUCUCCUCCUCCUCCCCCCCUCCUCCCUUUCCCCCGGUAACGAGCCAUGUCUGGACGCACUGUGACCAUCCCGGACGACCGGGCGUUUGCCAGCUUUAAGGCGGAGUGUCUGUGCGAGGAAGGCUGGAGCAUAAACCACAACAAGGGGGACAUCACGGUGUGGACCCAGGGUCUCGAGGAGGGGAAGUCCAUCCACAAAAUCAAGUGUCGGAUGGUGUGCAAGGACGUGUCAGCUGAGUCCAUGUAUGACGUUCUCCAUGACAUUGAAUACAGAAAGAAAUGGGACACAAACGUCAUCGAGACCUUCGAUAUCGGGAAACUUACAGCCAAUGCGGACGUUGGUUACUACUCGUGGACUUGUCCAAGUCCUCUUCGGAACCGCGAUGUCAUCACGCUUCGCUCCUGGCUGUCAAUGGGGAAAGAUUACAUCAUCAUGAACUACUCUGUCAAACAUGCCAAAUACCCUCCUAAAAAGGACAAGGUGCGAGCGGUGUCCAAUCAGACUGGCUACCUGAUCCAGAGCCAGGGACCAACCAACCUCUGUACCCUCACUUACAUGGCCGAGGUAGAUCCACGAGGUUCGUUACCCAAGUGGGUUGUCAACAAGUCUUCCCACUUCCUUGCUCCCCGCGCAAUGAAGAAGAUCAACAAAGCAUGUUUGAAGUAUUCAGAGUGGAAGCAGAGACACAACCCUGGUUUCAAGCCCUGGCUCUACCCCGAACAGACUACAUUACCCAGCAUCCCACUCUCUGAGCUCAGCAUCCAGCAUGCCGAGAGCCUGGAGAAUAUUGAUGAGAGCUGCCUGGCUGAGAUCCAGGGGAGAGAAGACAGCGACUAAAGCAUACUCACUCACACACACACACGGUCAUGUGUUCAUACAGUAAUGCAGGGUUAGAAGCAUGCCUGAUACACAUCCACAAUUAGACUUAUGUAUAUGUGAUUCCAUAUGUUAAGUAUGUGUGUAUGCAAAUACUGUUGCAUAUGCAGGCAUACUAACAGGCACAUGUAUGUAACCGAUCACGCACAUAGACAAACUCAUACUUGACCAACUCCAUCCCAUACUUGCAUACAUAAAGUAUGACCUCAUACAUGCAACAUAGAUGCACUCACAGAUACACACCCACCCACUCACAAGGGGCACCGGAAGCUACUUAUUUUUAAAUCGGUAAACUCAUACUCAUUGUAAUCAGAAAGUGAUAUUUCAUGCCCCUCCAAGGGAUAUCAAAGUUUUCUAAUCAGGACCUAUGCAGGUUAUCAUAGCAAAAUAUAUUUUCAGUAAGAUUUACCAUUGAAAUGUUUACAGAGUAACCUGACCGUGGACAACUAGCUCUCAUUCAGAAUAUGAACAGUGGAUUUCAGAAUUAUACUCCUUUAUCUGCGAGUUAUGUAUACGAUCUAUCUAGUAGGAAAACCUCUCAGUGCACCCCCCCUAAUGCUCAUGUAUACAGCAAGUACACAUAUGGAGACACAUCAUUAAUUUAAACUACAUAUAUACACACACUCUUAGUGUCGUUCUGCCCAUGUUGUCUCUCUGUCACUCAUUAUGUGUCUCCAUGACAUCUUGUAAGCACAUAAUAAAUAUGCAGGUGUGCAGAAGGCAGCUGGAACCCCAUAACCUGCAACCCUUUCAUAUACACACACACACACACACACACACAUACAUACAUACAGAUUUUACACAUGUACUGUCUGCUACUCUAAUUGAGAGAUGUAUGAAUGUAUGUAGAGUUUGAAAAUUAAAAACAUAUUCCUACAAAGGUUUUCAAAUUUCA